AUGGCUGCAGACCGUCUGUCGCCGUCGUCGACGUCGUCCAUGGCGUCUCACCCGACUAGCCCGACCGAGGAGCCGGCCUACGUCCACGCCACGCCCAGCGCGUCACCGCCCAUUUCGACGCCUCCCACCAGCCUCGGCGAUGCAGCGAGCGUCCUGUCCGAGACGACCAAGACGGAGCAGUAUGUAGAGGCGCACGACGACACCCCAAUGCAGCACGUUUCAGACGAGGCGCGUGCUGCACCCGACACUUCGACCAGCGAGACCCGCCGCCCAGCACGGAGCUCGCGCAAGUCGGUCACGACGUACAACGUGCAGAUCCUCGCUGGCACGGCCAUCCACACGCCGACAAAAUACCUGGAGAAGCACCACAAGAACGUCGUUCACGGAUCCCUGGAGGAUGCGGCCAAGGGGGAGGUCGCCACACCCCCGAAGAAGAAGACACCCAGACUCAAGUCUGAGACAUCGGCCGCCAGUGACCCGGCGGGGGAACAGCUUGCUGCUGAGGCUGCUCAAGCUGCACGUCGCCGCACUUCUACACGUGGAACUGAUCUCCGUAAGGAGGCGCUCCGCAAUCUCGCCGGAGCUGGCGACUCUUCAGUCGACACCCCGUCGAGAUCGCACACUUUGGUCAAGAAGACACUGCGGAGGAGCGCAUCGACGUCUACACUGCCAUCUGCCACCGCGGCUACUUCGUCAAAACGUGACUCCGAACAGGGAUAUGACUCGGCUGAGGGGCAGGAGCAGAAGGAAUUCCAGAAACCAAAGACGAAGCUCUGGAUGAAGCAGGGCCUAUAUGUUGGCCAGCAUCGUGAUUUCGACGCCCGUCUGUCGGAAAGUCAAAACCGCGCCAAGAAGAGGGCGAAGAAGAACAAGGAGAGCGGCGUCCUUCCUCUCCCCUUAUUCGCUGGUGACCGCCUGUUGACUGAAGAUCCACGUGAAGCAUUCCGCGACUUCAAACUGCCUUUCGAUACAUAUAGUCCCCUGCCCAGGAAGGUCAAGGUGGACGGCUGGGUCAAACUGCACAGGAACAGAUUUAUUGCUGAUGCAUCCGCCUUGUGGAAGCGCGACAAACAAGACUCCUCUCAAUGCUAUUGCGAUCCAGAGGACGGAUGCGGGGAAGCCUGCCAUAACCGCAUCAUGGCUUACGAGUGCGACGGCACAAAUUGCAGACUCACGGCAGAACAAUGCGGAAACCGGCCCUUUGCAGAACUCAAGAAACGCGGAAAGGGAAAUCGCUACGACUAUGGUGUUGAAGUGUUGGAAACGGACGAACGCGGGUACGGUGUGCGCGCUAUGAGGACGUUUGAGCCCCACCAGAUCAUUGUUGAGUAUGCUGGGGAAAUCAUUACGCAACAUGAAUGCGAGAGGCGCAUGAAGCAUGUUUACAAGAAGGAUAAGUGCUACUAUCUCAUGAGCUUUGACAACAAAAUGAUCAUCGAUGCGACGCGUGGCACGAUUGCGCGUUUUGUCAAUCACUCAUGUGAGCCUAAUUGCGAGAUGAUCAAGUGGACUGUCGGUGGCGAACCACGCAUGGCGCUGUUUGCUGGCUCCCGAGGAAUCAUGACCGGCGAAGAGUUAACCUAUGACUACAAUUUUGACCCCUUUUCUCAAAAGAACAUUCAGGCAUGUCGCUGCGGUACGGAGUCCUGCCGUGGUGUACUAGGUCCCAAACCGAAGAAACUGGUGGAGGAGAGGUCUAUGGCCUCUGCAUUUAUUGCCGGCACCAAGCGUAAGAUUCAAGAUGUAUUAGGCUCCGGCAGAAGCACAUCGGAGAGCUACGGCAACUCUCCCAAGAGGCUCAAGUCCUACACCGGAAACUCCGCCACGACAAAAGCGAAAAACGCAUCCGCGCAGUCCGAAGCCGCCCGCGAGCGCUCAGAAAAAGAAGCAGUCGAACACUCGCGCCAAAUCGCAUCGCGCGAAAACCGCGCCAUGAAACGCUCCGUCCCACCCUCCGGCUCCAGACGCUCCCAAUCCGCUUUCCAACGCAAAUCAGACCUGUCCUUCAAAUCCACCCGCCUCACGACAGUCAGCUUCCAGCGCAAAGUCUCCAAGCCAGGCGCCCUCCGCGGCGCUACAACAUCGACUCGCAUGCACGCCGCGCUCCGACGCCCCACGCUGGCACUCAAGGGAAAGAAGGGUAUCCGCCCUUAUAAACGCCCCAUCACGCCCAUUAAGAGCUCGUUUGCCUCCGUGGAUUCGGAGGAUGAUGCGUCGCCGAAUAUCACACCUGCUUCGCUGCGCAGCGCGUCGCAUAGGAGGAAACAAAUUACUGACGCCCGCGACGUGCUGAGGGAUAAGAGUCCGUCGUGCAUGUCGGAGAAUGAACUUGAGGGCGGGAGGGAGGGCGCGAGGAGUAGGGCGAGGAAGGCGGGUGUGGGUGCGGGGGCGGGGGAUGUGCCGGCGUUUCAUCCCGCGCAGAAGAGGUCGAGGAGUAUGAGGGGAAGGUGA